AUGCCUGCGCCUGCAACACGACACCCCUGCCUGUGGCAUGGCACCCCCGUGCUCCUGCUCCUCCUGCCCGCUCUCGCCACUGCCCUCGGCUGCGCCAACCUCCGCACCCAACAGAGCACCUUCAACUGGCACAGCCUCCAGCUCCUCAAAGACAUGGCUCCCAGCUCGCCUCCAUCCUGCGCCCAACACGACGAGCCUCUCCCCUUCCCCGACACCCUCCUGGCAAUCCACAACCCACAACAAGCCACCGCCGCCAUCCUCCGCACCCUCAACCACCUCUUCACCACUCUCAGCGAAGAAAACACCCCCGCGCACUGGCACAACAGAACCAAGCUCCUCAACCAGCUUCAGCAUCAAAUCCAACACCUCCAGCAAUGCCUCACAGCUGGCAGCAGGCUUUUCAAAAGCCAAGGGCCCCGCAACCUCAACAUCACCAGAUACUUCCACCACAUCCAGAAAUUCCUCCACACCCACAACCACAGCCCCUGCGCCUGGGAAAACGUCCGCCUCAUAGCGCAGACUUGCUUCCAA